AUGUCUGCCGGGCAGCAGCCGCUGCCACCGUCGCAGCCGGACGAGCUGUCCGCGCCGCAGCAAGCACCAGGCGCCAACAGCAGCGAGGCCGCCGGGACAGCUUCCUCGUCUGCCGCCGGGCCGGUCGGAGGCGACGGCGGGAUGGAGGAAUCUUUUGAUGAUGCAUCACCAGGAAAACAAAAGGAAAUGCAGGAAGCAGAUCCUACGUAUGAAGAAAAAAUGCAAACAGACAGAGCAAACAGAUUUGAGUAUCUGUUGAAGCAGACUGAGCUGUUUGCUCAUUUCAUUCAGCCUGCUGCUCAGAAAACUCCAACUUCACCUUUGAAAAUGAAGCCUGGACGUCCAAGAAUAAAGAAGGAUGAGAAACAGAACUUACUGUCAGUUGGCGACUACCGCCAUCGUAGAACAGAGCAAGAGGAAGAUGAGGAGCUGUUAACAGAAAGCUCCAAGACCACUAACGUCUGCACUCGAUUUGAAGAAUCUCCAUCAUAUGUGAAAUGGGGAAAGCUGCGGGAUUAUCAGGUCCGAGGAUUGAACUGGCUCAUCUCACUGUAUGAAAACGGCAUCAAUGGCAUCCUGGCAGAUGAAAUGGGCCUUGGGAAGACGCUGCAAACCAUUUCUCUCCUUGGGUAUAUGAAACACUACAGAAACAUUCCUGGUCCUCACAUGGUGUUAGUUCCCAAGUCCACUCUACACAACUGGAUGAAUGAAUUCAAGAGAUGGGUACCUACACUUCGAGCAGUUUGUUUGAUAGGUGACAAAGACCAGCGAGCUGCCUUUGUCAGGGAUGUGUUGUUGCCUGGAGAGUGGGACGUCUGUGUAACGUCAUACGAAAUGCUGAUCAAAGAGAAAUCUGUGUUCAAAAAGUUUAACUGGAGAUACCUAGUCAUAGAUGAAGCCCACAGGAUUAAGAAUGAAAAAUCAAAGUUAUCAGAAAUUGUGAGAGAAUUCAAGACCACAAAUCGACUGCUACUGACUGGAACUCCGCUCCAGAACAACUUACACGAACUCUGGGCACUUCUUAACUUCCUUUUGCCAGAUGUCUUUAACUCAUCUGAAGACUUUGACUCAUGGUUUGAUACAAACAACUGUCUAGGAGAUCAGAAGUUGGUGGAACGUCUCCAUAUGGUGCUGCGUCCGUUCCUUCUGCGUCGCAUUAAAGCUGAUGUAGAGAAGAGCUUGCCUCCCAAGAAGGAAGUUAAAAUCUAUGUGGGUCUCAGCAAAAUGCAGCGAGAAUGGUAUACCCGAAUCUUAAUGAAGGACAUAGACAUACUGAAUUCAGCUGGGAAGCUGGACAAAAUGAGACUGCUGAAUAUCCUCAUGCAGCUGCGAAAGUGCUGCAACCACCCUUAUCUCUUUGAUGGAGCAGAGCCUGGGCCACCCUACACAACAGAUAUGCAUUUGGUCACCAACAGUGGCAAAAUGGUAGUGCUGGACAAACUGCUGCCUAAAUUGAAAGAACAAGGUUCAAGAGUCUUAAUCUUCAGUCAGAUGACAAGAGUCCUAGAUAUCUUGGAAGAUUACUGUAUGUGGCGGAAUUACGAAUACUGCAGGCUGGACGGACAGACACCACACGAUGAGAGACAGGCCUCUAUUAAUGCAUAUAAUGAACCUGGUAGCUCAAAGUUUGUCUUCAUGUUGAGUACACGGGCAGGAGGUCUUGGCAUCAAUUUGGCUACUGCUGAUGUUGUAAUUCUGUACGAUUCAGACUGGAAUCCACAAGUAGAUCUUCAAGCUAUGGAUCGAGCGCACAGGAUCGGCCAGACGAAGACUGUGCGAGUGUUCAGGUUCAUCACAGACAACACAGUGGAAGAAAGAAUAGUGGAGCGUGCAGAAAUGAAACUCCGGCUGGAUUCCAUCGUCAUUCAGCAAGGCAAACUGGUAGAUCAAAACCUGAACAAACUCGGGAAGGAUGAAAUGCUGCAGAUGAUUAGACAUGGAGCGACACAUGUGUUUGCCUCAAAGGAGAGUGAGAUUACAGAUGAAGAUAUUGAUCACAUUUUGGAAAGGGGUGCAAAGAAGACCGCAGAAAUGAACGAAAAACUUUCCAAGAUGGGUGAGAGCUCCCUCAGGAAUUUCACAAUGGAUACAGAGUCCAGCGUGUAUAAUUUUGAAGGGGAAGACUACAGGGAAAAACAGAAGAUGGCAUUUACAGAGUGGAUCGAACCUCCUAAACGAGAAAGAAAAGCCAACUACGCUGUGGAUGCUUACUUCAGAGAGGCUCUUCGGGUCAGUGAGCCAAAAGCACCCAAGGCACCGCGGCCUCCAAAGCAGCCAAACGUACAGGAUUUUCAGUUCUUUCCUCCCCGCCUCUUUGAACUCUUGGAGAAAGAGAUUCUCUACUACAGGAAGACAAUUGGGUACAAGGUACCUCGGAAUCCUGAUUUGCCAAAUGCAGCUCAAGCACAGAAGGAAGAGCAGCUGAAGAUUGAUGAGGCUGAACCUCUGAAUGAUGAAGAGCUAGAAGAAAAAGAGAAGCUUCUAACCCAGGGAUUCACUAACUGGAAUAAGAGAGAUUUUAACCAGUUCAUCAAAGCUAAUGAGAAGUGGGGCCGUGAUGACAUUGAGAAUAUAGCACGAGAAGUAGAAGGAAAAACUCCAGAGGAAGUCAUCGAGUAUUCAGCUGUGUUCUGGGAAAGAUGCAACGAACUCCAAGACAUAGAGAAGAUCAUGGCUCAGAUAGAAAGAGGAGAAGCCAGAAUUCAGCGACGAAUCAGCAUAAAAAAAGCACUUGAUACAAAGAUUGGCAGGUACAAAGCCCCCUUCCACCAGCUAAGGAUCUCAUAUGGUACCAACAAGGGGAAGAACUACACGGAGGAAGAGGAUCGCUUUCUGAUCUGUAUGCUGCACAAGCUGGGCUUUGACAAAGAGAACGUCUAUGACGAGUUACGGCAGUGCAUCCGCAACUCCCCCCAGUUCAGAUUUGACUGGUUCCUCAAGUCCAGGACUGCCAUGGAGCUGCAAAGGAGAUGCAAUACUUUAAUCACCCUGAUUGAAAGAGAAAACAUGGAACUGGAAGAAAAGGAAAAGGCAGAGAAGAAGAAACGUGGACCAAAACCAUCUUCGGCACAGAAGCGCAAGAUGGAUGGUACUCCUGAUGGGCGUGGAAGAAAAAAGAAGCUAAAGCUGUGAAUGCAGGAUUUUUGUAAUCACUAAAUUUCAAAAGUAGUUCUUUAAUUUACGGGUCUUCAUAAGAUGUACUGUAUAAUGCUCAACUAUUAUGUCAUUAAAGGACAUCGGGUUCAUCUGUUUACUGAACUAGGAACAUAGUACUUAAUGUAGUUUCACUUUUUUAAAUGCAA